AUGGGUUCCGAUGAGCCAGCAAUCCAACCUAAACUCAAGAUUCCAGCCAUUGACUUCUCCCCUGAAAACAUGAAGCCCGGCACAAGCGGUUGGGCGGCGACGCGCGGCGACGUUCGGCGGGCACUGGAGGAGUACGGAUGCUUUAAAGCUCAGUUUCCCAGCGUCACUCCCGAUGUUGACAAAGCAGUGUUUGGGUCACUGGAAGAACUCUUCCAUCUGCCCAGAGAAACCAAAAUCCGAAACACAAAUGAGAAGCCCUUAUAUGGCUACCUCGGCGAUCAACCUCCCCUUCCUUCCAUCCAUGAAAGCAUGGGCAUCGAAAACGCUCACAACCUCCAUGAAACUGAAACCUUCACAAAACUCAUGUGGCCCUCCGGCAACGAUCGCUUUCGGGAUGCUAUGCAUUCAUAUGCAAAGCUGGUGAUAGAGUUGGAUCAUGUAGUGAAGAGGAUGUUGUUUGAGAGCUAUGGCGUUGGGUGGUAUUUUGAGGAACAUGUUGGUUCCACAUCUUACCUUCUUCGGUUCGCAAAGUACAGAUCCCCGGGAGCUGACGAGUGUAACAUUGGUGCCCAUUGUCACACCGACAAAGGCAUCAUUACCAUUGUUCGUUCAAAUCCACUCAAUGGUCUGGAGAUUAAAACCAAAGAUGGGGACUGGAUUGCUUUUGACCCCUCUCACCCUCCAACCUUCAUCAUCUUUGCUGGUGACGCACUUUCGGCGUGGAGCAAUGACAGGAUACAUUCGCCUCAGCAUCAGGUUGUGAUAAGCAAGAACGAAACAAGAUACACUAUAGGGUUGUUUUCGCUUCACGAGGGGAUUCUGGAAGUACCGAAAGAGCUAGUGGAUGAAGAACAUCCGUUGAAGUUCAAGCCUUUUAUGAAUUUUGAAUUACUCAAAUUCUUUAUCUCCGAUCAAGAUGUCAACCGGAAAUCGGGAUCUUGUGCCAAAGCCUACUGCGGCAUUGAGACAUGA